CUGCUGUGUUGGCUCCCGGUCGCCGACAGCGGACAUUUGAAUGCAACGCGCUGUUUGAUUAAACACAACAGCGAGCGCGAUGUUGGCACAGUUUUUGGUUUGUGUAACGCUGUUUACGGGAACUGCGUUCUCCCAUGUGGACGCUUCUGCGAGGCCCAACUUCAUUAUAAUGAUCAUGGAUGACAUGGGUUGGGGAGAUCUCGGCAUCCUAGGCAACCCGGCCAAAGAGACUCCCAACCUGGACAAGAUGGCGACCGAAGGGGUGCUGCUGACUGACUUCUACACGGCCAAUCCACUGUGCUCGCCCUCCCGGGCGGCGCUGCUCACGGGCCGACUGCCCAUCAGGAACGGUUUCUACACCUCAAACAACCACUCGAGAAACGGCUACACGCCCCAGGAGAUCGUGGGCGGCAUCCAGGACAACGAAGUGCUUAUACCCGAGCUCUUGGCCGAGGCCGGCUACCGCAACAAGAUCGUCGGCAAAUGGCACCUGGGCCACCAGGAGCAGUACCUUCCUCUGAGACACGGCUUCCACGAGUGGAUUGGGUCGUCAAACUGCCACUUCGGCCCAUACGACAACGUCGAGAGGCCGAACAUCGCCUUUUUCCGCGAUGACCACAUGAUCGGCAGGUACUAUGAGGACUUGGCGAUAAACCUGACGACAUUUACGUCGAACUUGACGCAGUUGUACAUCAAGGAGGCCGUGGAGUUCAUCGAGAAGCAGGCUGCGCAGCGCCAGCCCUUCUUCCUGUACUGGGCGCCCGACGCUACGCACGGGCCCGUCUACUCGUCCGAGAAGUUCAGAGGGUGCAGUCAGAGAGGACCCUACGGAGACGCCGUGAUGGAGCUGGACCAUGGUGUGGGCGCCAUAUUGGACGCUCUUCGUCGCACAGGGGCGGUAAACAACACUUUUGUCUUCUUCACCUCGGACAACGGAGCGGCGUUGGUCAGCAAAACACAAGGAGGCAGCAACGGGCCUUUUCUGUGCGGCAAGCAGACCACUUUCGAAGGGGGCCUGCGGGAGCCCGCUAUCGCCUGGUGGCCCGGCACCAUCCCGGCGGGAAAGGUGAGCAUCUCUUCUGCUCGCAGAUGGCCGUAUCAUGUCAGUGAAGAGCUCACCGAAAAGCCUGCUGAAGGAUGGCCACUGCCUGACUCCACGGCGACGCAGUACUUAGCCGAUGAAAAUGAGUGCGCCUCAUGUGCCGCAUUGAAGUAAGCAUUUAAAUUGAUUGAUACCUAGGCUCCAGCGUUUUGGGGUUUUAUUUCCCCCAAAACUCGGAGGCGCAUACUUUUUCAACGUACUUUUUUUCGGUCUUCAUUUUCAACCGUAAUUUUUUUUUCUUUUCGGGGAAUUUAUUUUUCUAGAUUAACUUUCACUGAGGCUGUCUUCGAUUGAUA